UCCUCUCGUAACAAAGCUGUUGUGAGUUGUUCCUUGUCAUGGGGGGGGAAAGAAGGUGCUGUGAUAGGUCAAAGCGACCUUUAGCGGUGGAUUGAAAGGUCAGGUGAUGUGUGCGUGACGAGAAACGAGGGGAAAAACCAAGCUACGUAUUGUUUGUUUUCCAAUUUGGACUGGUUGGACGUGUUUGCCGGCACCAUUUGGACCAGUGUGCGUUCGACGCGGAGAGAGAGAUUUGGCUGGUGCUCGUUGGGGGUCUGCGUGGUUCUGCCGCUUGGCCCGAGCUGGGGGAGGGGGCGGCCGAAACCAGAUCGGUCCUGUCGACAACAUGAACAUUUCGACAAGCGAGGCCAAAUCAGCGUAGUUCUUCGGAAAAGCAGCGAACAGCUUGCCCAAGUGGCUAAAUGAGUGUUUUCUUUCGGGCUAAUUCGAGGUUUGAUCGGCGUUGCUAUUGUGCUAGAUGGAAGUACUUCCAACCAGGGUGGGCUUUCGUGUCACAUUUUGAGUUCGAAAGACGUUGGAUAUAUUCGAUAGCUGAAAUAGUAGUAGCUGCUAACGUUCGGUCCAAAGAGGGAACAAGGAGAAUGGAGACAAAGGAAGAAACAAAGGCAACAACAGAGAGCACACUGUCUUAACUGUUGGACUAAACAUCUUUGCUCCCUGUGUUCACGAUUUGUGUUACGUUCUUUUUUGUUGUUGUUGAAAUAGAACAGUUGUGUAGUUGUAACAAAAUAACAGCUCUCUUUUUGUGUUCUGUCCAGUGUGACUCAGUAGUUUUCAUUUUAGCAGGGCCUGAAAUAUGAGCUCAGCUUCCUGCUGAUAGAUAAUCUGUGUAGUCAAGGAAAGGGGAAGACCGACCCCGGCCGGUAUGAUUUGAAAACCGGCCUUAAUUUACAUGGAAGCAAACACAGAUACAAGUUAGAUUGAUCAAAAUUCAUAUGUCGUGUGAAAAGAGUUUGUUGGGAGAUGCUUUUGUUGCUCAUGGAAACUAUCUUCUUUACCAAUGUGCUUUAUCAGAACACUUUCUAUUCUGCGAAAUCAGAAUUAAAGCUAUGUUUAAGGAAUAUUUUGGGCACCUCUCCAUGCCUCUAGACCUUUUACAUCGUGACAUGUUUGAUGUCUUAACAGGUCUGCUCGACAUUAGAUUACGCCGAUUUUAUCGGACUUACCGGUAUCGGCCGAUAAUUAGCAUUUUAUGCUGAUCUGCUUUAAUGUCAUAAUUUGCCGAUCCGAUCAAUGACGUCAUUGAGCGGCUCCGCAAAAGACAUUUACUCCCCGUCCCCAUCAUGUACAGUAUAUUUGAAUCCAAAAGCUAGUUUAUUUUCAGCCUUGUCGCGCGUCUUUUGACGUAGACCGGUAAAUAUAUCUGACGGCCAAUAAAGUUAUUUUUAAAAAAAAAUACAAAUGUCGGCGGUGUGGACCAGACAACACGUAAUGCCCGGAUCAGACUACAAGACAUUUUUUUACGAUCAGUGGGCUUUAUCUUGUCAACUCAAAUGCGACCGGAUACACUUGUUACCAUGGCGAUGACAACAAGAGUGGCCCACGCCGACUGUAUUAUAAAACAAAAUGGAGAACAAUAAGUGUUGGUGGUCGGGACAGGAGAGGACGUUCGUUUAAGGCUUGCUUGAGGUAUGUUCCUGUACUUUGAAUACGAUACAGCUCGCAAGCAGGCGACAAAACGUUAUGUAGCCUAGCAAGCUACUGCUAGCACGAACAGGUGGAUGUAAACAUGCUGCCGUUCUGUCAAAUAAUGCUCUUAGGUUUCGGUGUGGGUGAAGUAAUUGAAUUAAAAAUAAAGUAAUUUAAUUACAGUAAGUUAGCACCCAUUAUUUCUGUCAUGUAAUGUUGGUUUGACCUGACUGAUUAGAAUACAAUUCUAGGCACAAUUUUACAAUUGAAAAAUCUCACGGCACACCAACAAACAAAAAUGUCACAACAAGUGGAUACAUUAAUUACUGUAUUUACUUCCUGCCAUCUAAUAGAAGACCAUUCAUUUGUUCUGUCUGUCCCUAUAACUCACUGGCAUAAAAAGAGGAACAAAGAUACAUUAUUUAUUGUAAAUAGAUUUUUUUGAGCAAUUAGGUACACAAGUAUAUACAGUAAAUGAACAGGUCAUUUAAAUAGACACAUCCCUCCAUCUUGUGAUGGGUUAUCAUUUUUUUAAAUUCGCUGAACGGUGAUCGGCCCCAAAAAUUCUGAUCGUGUAAAGCCUACUCAACGUGGGAUUGUGAAAGUAGAGCUCAAAUGUGACUGCUAAGCCUGUUCCUUUGUUGUAAUAAGUGCAUGCUUUAUAAAUGUGGAGUCAUGUUGACUUAACAUUAGAUACUUAAUUGAUCCCAUAGGAAAUUAUGGAAUUCUGUGCUACUACUUAGUGAUUAAAACAGUAAUAUUUUGUUUUGUUUUGUGGAUUCGGCCAUAGUGUAAAGAGCCUCUAAAGUUCUGAACCGAGGAGUGAAGAAUUUUCACCAGUCAGCAUAUGAACAUGCGACGCAAAGGCAGAGAAGGUCACUGUGGGCUUUUCCGAGGAAACCCUUUGUUGACGCGCAUAGCAUGCACGAGGGGAAGCGGAGGUGGGGGUGGUUUAAGAUUUAAAACACUUGUUGGUGGCGUCAGGAUACCUUUGCUGUGCUGACUAAGAUGUCCUGAUCCAACUGUCAGCCUCUUUGCAACAUAAAACUGUCCGACUCUAUUGGUGACCAAAAUAUUGACAAGCGAGCAGCUGCUGUAUUAUGGAACAGUGUGAAAGGUUAUUUGGGAAAGAAAUCUGAUUCUUUUUGCAGCGUGAGCUGGUUGUUUUUUUUUUUUUUCCUGCAUCAGUUAUCAAGCGUCAGAUCAGGACAUCCUUUAAUCUACGCCUUCCUGUCGCCCCCCCCCCCCAACCUCUGUUUGUUCAUUCAUCAAGGACUGUUGUGCAGUUUCCCAUUACACAACCUUCGCUUGUAUUUCAUCACUCUGGUGUUGUACGUCAGCGUCAUCGGACUACAUGGUUUGCCAAGAGAACGUGCGUGUUUACUCUGUGUGAACAUGCAAGGGAGGGGGGGUGACUGGGAAAGUUUUGAAAGGCCUUAUUUGGUAAGAUGUCACUGCAGAGAAUUGAAGAGGGUGGAAUUUCCAUAAUAAUUAUUUUCCCUUCAUUUUUGCUAACCCUGAGGCGGCUCAGUAUGUUAAAUAUGGGUGUGUAAUUAUCACAAUUAUAACGUUGAUGAGUCAUAAGGUAUUGUGUAGUAAGAAAGUAAGCCAGUGUUCAGACAAUGUUCUAUUAAAACGGAAACGAGUAGUAUGCCGUCAUAACUGUGAUACGUCAUGAGGGUGCGUUUUCCCGGAUGACAAAUGGUGUGUCAGCCCUGGAAGAGCCGUGCCAACUGCUGGCAGCAAUUGCGCUCAAGGUUGAACAAUGCUCCAUUUUCUGUCAGCAAUGGCCCAAGAGACGAACCAGAGCCCGGUGCCCAUGUUAUGUGCCACAGGCUGUGGUUUCUAUGGCAACCCGAGAACCAAUGGUAUGUGUUCUGUAUGCUACAAGGAGCAUCUGACACGGCAGCAGAGCAGCGACCGGAUGAGCCCCCUCAGCCCUAUGGGCUCAACAUCUAGUCCUACCUCAGAGGCCUCCGCAAUCCAGAGACUAGAAGCCAGUCUAGCAAAGGUUGAUCCCUCCCCUGCCUCUUCGCCAGACAUGUCUAGAACUAUUCAAGGGUCUCUUCCUGUGACUCAACAAAUGACAGAAAUGAGCAUCUCGAGAGAGGACAAGCCUGAAUCCCUCGAACCUGUUGUAAACCAGCCAGCUGCCUCUAGCCCAACUCCUUUAGCUUCUUCCAGCAGUGACGAUAGCAAGGAUGACUCGUCCAAGCCAAAGAAGAACCGAUGCUUUAUGUGCCGCAAGCGGGUGGGCCUUACAGGAUUUGACUGUCGCUGCGGAAACCUCUUCUGCGGUAUCCACCGGUACUCUGACAAGCACAACUGCCCCUACGACUACAAGGCCGAGGCGGCCGCCAAGAUCCGUAAGGAGAACCCCGUGGUGGUGGCUGACAAGAUCCAGAGAAUAUAGAUCUCGCGAGGCAAACGAUGCAAGUGGCAGUGAUGAAGAUGACACUUUUUUUGAAAAAAGACUGCAGUGUUUAACCUUUGGAAUUGAGCACUGGCAUUUGUGGCCAAGUGAGGAUGGAAAGGACUUGAUUUACAAAAAUUAAAACCUCAAGAAGACAUUUGGGGGGAAAAAAAAAAUCAUGUCUGAAGGAGAUGCAUGAAUGAUCACCUUGCUUCCCUUUUGAUUAAUCCAUUUGUUAGUUUUAUCUUAUUUUCUGUGGUGUGAUUUUUCUUCCUAAGAAUACAUAUUGUCUUAUAAAGAGCAGCCCAGAGUAAAUGUCUGAGACAAGCUGCACUCCUCUCACCGUAACCAGGCAUACAGUGCCAAACUGUAGACCGCCAUUCUUGCUCAGACCCUGUCAUGCGUCAGAAACCAAGUCCAAGUCAAGAAUUGAGACCACGCUGCAUGAGCGUACAACUGUCCCCCAAAAUGUUGCACAAGGGGUUCUGUUACUUUGUCUCUGUCUUUCCCGGCUUUACCUACCUCACAGCUGCUCUGGUCUCCUCGUUGUCUUCUUUUUCUCUUUUUUUCUCCCCUUCUUUCUCUUUGUGCUCAUCCACUGUGACCCCAGCAGAGCAGCAUGUCACCGCUCAUCCGCCUCAGUGACCCCUCUGAUCAGCAUUCUUAUGUUGACUGAUUGGUUUGAUUGUGAUGAGGCUCAUUCUCGUUUAAUUCUGGAGGUAUAGUGCAGGACAGGGACAAAUAGACUCCACGUUUCACUAAAUUUCAGCCCUAGCUGUUGGCAUUCUUGGAAAACGAGCUCGCGCGUGAGUGACAGGCUGGAAGGAUGGAGGCCUCACAGCUCAAUAUUGGCUACAAAGUUGAAUGAAUGGGAUUUAUGCAUGAGUUUCUCUUCCUCUACAGGAGAGUUUCCAGUAAAAUGGCCUCAGUCUCAGUCUGGUUGGGUUGCAGGCAUUUGUACUUGCUCAGACAAUUGUUUUAUUAGCUCCCCCCCCCCCCACCGCCCCGCCCCUUUCGCAUCAAUUGUGUUUUGAUGUCGGCGCAUGUCUUCAAUGCAUAUGUGCAGUUAGGAUAUGUGACCCAUGAUUUUGUCUUUGGUUUUUAUUCAUUUUAAGUGCGCUAACAAAACGUUCAUAUGAGCACUGUGUGUGUUUGUGGAGAAACAAGGUUUAUCAGCACAUGUUUACAGAAAACUACAGGAGCAUGCCAGAGCUAGAUUUAAAUAAAAUGAAAUAUACUAGACCACCACAAUUACAUGUAGCGUGUGCGUGUGCGUGUUUGAGUGUGUGUCUGCAAAGUGUGUUUUCAUGGCUGCCUGACACAUUGUAUGUACGUGACUUGUUAAUCUAGUGUGUUUUUCAUUUAAGACAACGAUGUAUCCGUUUGAUUUCCCCCCCAGUCUGAUUCUUAGUUAUAUGCAAAUUUGUACAAAAAUGAAAAAAACAACAAACUGUUGAUAUUUAUGUAUUGCAUAUAAUCCUGCUAUCCAGCAUUACCACAGAAUAGUAUCAUGUAAAUAAAACUGUACAGAGAGACAUUA